AUGUGGACGCGUUCAGUGAGGCGCUGCGAUGUGGGCGAGUUCAGUGAGGCGCUGCGAUAUUCAGGGCUGCACUCUGACCUAAGGAUAGUUCUGGUUGGGAAGACUGGAGCAGGGAAGAGUGCAACAGGAAACACCAUCCUUGGGAAGGAAGAUGCGUUCAAUGCAGAGGCGUCUCCAGUGUCUGUCACUGCAGAGACUAAGAAGAAGAGAGGAAAGGUGGGUGAGAGGAAGAUUGACGUCAUCGACACCCCAGGGCUCUUUGACACAUCAGUGGAUGCAGUGAAGAUGAAAGGAGAAAUAGACAAGUGUAUUGAGAUGUCAGUCCCAGGACCUCACGCCUUCCUGCUGGUGAUCAGACUGGGGAGGUUCACAGAAGAGGAGAGGAAGACUGUGAAGUGGAUCCAGGACAACUUUGGAGCAGAAGCCUCAAAAUACACCAUGGUGCUGUUCACUGGAGAAGAUCAGCUGGGGAGGAAAACAGCUGAGGACUUUGUGAAGGAGAGUGAAGAGCUCCAGGCUCUCAUCGCUCAAUGUGGCGGCAGAUACCACUUUUUCAAUAACGUCAAGAGAGUUGACACCACUCAGGUCACAGAGCUGCUGAGGAAGAUAGAUGAGAUGGUGGAGGAGAAUGAAGAAAAAUACUACACCCAUGAGAUGUUCCAGAAGGCCCAGGAAAUACUGGACUGGGAAAAGAAUCCGGUUGUAAAAUUUGUAAAACGGUGCUCUCUACCGGCAAGAAUACUAACAUCACCAUUGUGGAUCCCUUUGCUCCAUUUUCACCCUAUUGUCCCUUCAGACCCUUUAAACCCUCUUCGCUCUUUUCAUCCUUUACGCCGUUUUUUUCAGCAAAAGCAACAUAUUAGUAUGAUGAAAAAGCUCAACGAUUUGGUGUGGGGAACAGAUAAGAUCAGGGAUCAGAUCAGAGAGGGUGCAGACUCAGGAGCAAAUACAGGUUCUGACGGUCUUGUUUCAACCCAAGCCGUCCCAGUAUCAGCCCCUGCCGCCACAGCUGCCCCUAUCCCAGCCGCCUCUAUCCCAGCCACCACCAUGGCAACCACCUUUACAAUCACCAUUCCACCACUUGCAAAUGCAUCUCUCUAUCUGAUAGUGGGAGCUGUUGUAGUGUGCAUAUUUGCAGUAUAUGUAGGUCUAUAUUUGAUGGGAUAGAAGUAACAAUAGAUAAGGGAGGUAAGAGGUUGAGAAAUCAACUAUAGAUGAUUUAGUGUUGCAGUUGAUAGAG